AUGCAGGGCGCCCACGGCGCCCGCCCGGCUGCUCACGGCCGCGCUGGGUCCUCGUCGGACUUGGCCCAUCGGGCCGCUCCUCACAGCGAGCGCGCCCUUCCCCGGCCUGCAGGCCUCGCGCUCCCCGACCCUCCCCCGGGCCUGCUCACGCACCCCCUGCCCCGCUCCGACGGCUGGGCGCCGCGGCCAUCUCCGCGGGAGCCCGCCGAGCACGCCGCCUACCGGACAUCGCUCCCUGCCGCCUCGCGGGCCUCGCGCACCGAGCACAUCCGCCGCCAGCCCCGCCCGCUCUCCGCGAAGCCCGCCGCGGCUGCCACCGUGCCCUCUCCAGGAGUUUCUAGCUGGACCUUCCAGGCGCACUUGGAAUCUGACCGCGUCUCCCACCUCUGCCACCGUCCUGCGGAUCCGGGCCACUGUGGGCGCUCGUCUGAGUCGUCGCGGCCGCCCCCGGUGGCCGUACUUCGGCUCCGGCCCCCUUUCCCGACUGUCCCCAGCGCGGCUGCCAUGGCCUGCCACGCCAUUUCUGUCCUGCAGACCCUGCAGUGCUUAGGAAAAAGCGGAAGUCCUUACUGGACCAACAUGGGCCACUACGGACCAAAACGCCCAGCUGCGCUGGCCCGCGCCCCCCGGAACCUCCCCCCGGCUUUACGCUCUGCGGCUGCGCCCUCCGGUCGAGCUUCCCGGGCCCCUGGCUGCUCCCCAGACACUCCGGGCACCCUGCUGCCUCAGGGCCUUUGCUCGGCUAUUCCCCCCGGCCUGGGAUGCCGCUCCGCAGGCCCGGAAGGUGGAGACAAGGCCCUGGCUGCGGGGCCAGAGAAGGCAGGCCCGCCACCGCCACCACCGCCGAGCUCGGCGCCCCACACUCAGGAUGCCCCGAUUGGGGGGCCGCCCCGCUCCUGCGCCAUCUCCGGGGAGGAGCCACCAUCAGAGGCCCCGGGGGCGCUGAGUGGGACCAGUGCUGCUGAGGGCUCCGAGGCUGUCCGCAAGGAGAGGGCCCGGCCUCCGGGAGAAGGGGGCUCCCUCCCCAGGAGAGAGGCCAAGGCCGGGAAAAGGCCCCUCUCUCCAGGCUCCGGGAAGCAGAAGAAGGCUGCUGCCGGUGGUCCUGCCUCACCGUCACCCACCUCCACCCGUGCCGCACACAACCCCGUGCCUUGUGGGUCAGGCCGUGGGUCCUGCCACCUGGCGAACCUCCUCAGCACAUUGGCCCAGAGCAGCCAGAACACAGACCAGAAGAGGCCCCCGGAGGUGACCUGCCAAGCUCGGAAAAAGACUCGAACCCUAUACCGCUCAGACCAGCUGGAGGAGCUGGAAAGGCUCUUCCAAGCAGACCACUACCCCGACAGUGACAAGCGCCGGGAGAUUGCCCAGACAGUGGGGGUCACGCCCCAGCGCAUCAUGGUAAAGGGGCCUGGCCAGUGGCGGGGGGCGGGGGACCCGCCAGCCUCUGCCCCCUUUGUCAGGCCCUCCAGGUGUCUCUCCCUGCAGGUGUGGUUCCAGAAUCGCAGGGCAAAGUGGCGAAAAGUGGAGAAACUGAACGGGAAGGAGAGCAAGGACAGUCCUGCAGGCCCCGCCCCCGGCCCGGCCAGCAGUCAGGGCAGCUCUGGCACUGAGCUGCCACCCGCUGUGCCCGUGGGCCCAGAGCCGGGCCCCUUCCCUCAGGAGCCCCCUCUGGACACUCUCCCAGAGCCCCCCCUGCUGCUGACGUCUGACCAGGCUCUGGCCCCAGCCCAACAGACGGAGGGGCCCCCGAGGGUGGCAGCGACCCCGCCGCUCUUCAGCCCCCCGCCUGUUCGAAGAGCCAGCCUGCCUUUCCCCUUCGGCCCUGUCCACACCCCGCAGCUGAUGCCUCUGCUGAUGGAUACGCUUGGCGACAGCAGCCACAAGGAUGGCCUCUGUGGGCCCUGGGGGACAAGUGUCACCCCACCCCCGGCCUGCUCCUACUUGGAAGAGCUGGAGGCCCAGGACUACCAACAGGGGCUGCUCCAGGCCCCCCAGACCCAGCUUUUCCCACCACCUCAGCCCCCGUUUCCGUGCCUGCCCCCCUUCCCCUUCCCCUCGCCCAGCUCGCUGCUGCCUCCGCUACCCGAAGACCCUUUCUUCCCGCUGCCUUACGGCCCCAGCGGGGGCGCCUCGCAGGGCUACUUCCCGGCGCCCCCAGCAGGGCAGGUCCUGCUGCAGCCCCCUGCCGGGAACCUGGGUACAGUGCCCUGGAGCGACCCUUGCCUGCCAGAGCUGUCCUUCCCUGGUCCCUUCUGGCCACAAGCUCUAGGGCACCCCCCAGGAGGGGACAGCUACCUUCCUGAUCUGUUUCCGGCUCCCUGUGCUCAGGCUGCGAGCAGGCAGCCUUCUCCCGGGCCCAGCCAGCUGCCUGCGGAGGCCAGGCCAGGAGCCGGGCCCUGCCUCAGCAAGGCCCCCGAGGAGGGACCGCCACCGCCGGCCGCCGUGGAGCAGCGCUCGGCCCCAGAGGAGGGCCGGAAGGAGGACAAGAACAGCCAGGGCCCCUAG